GCUCACAGCUGACAACAAGACAAAACUGAAGCUGUCGCCGUUUUCUUACCCUUUUCACACAGGCUAACUUUACGAUGCAGAAGAUAAAGUCUCUUAUGGCCCGUCAGGGCCUGAAAAGUCCCCAAGAGAGCAUGUCAGACCUGAGUCCUGUGGAGAACCUGAGGAUCCCAAGCAAGGAGGAGUUGCGGGAGCUGAGGCAGCAUCCCAUCGACCCCCAAGCAGAGCAGGAGAUCAUCAACAGCAUCGAGGAGAUCUACUUCUCCGGCGACUCCUUCGACAUGGUGCAACAUGAACUGGAGAAGCUCCCUCCUGAGCUCAACCUGCAGGAGCUGGAGGAGUACAGAGACAAGCUGAAGAGACAACAGGCUGCAGUUUCCAAAAAGGUCGCUGAUCUCAUUCUGGAGAAACAGCCUGCUUAUGUCAAGGAGRUGGAGAGAGUGACGGCCUUGCAGACCAACCUGCAGCUGGCAGCAGUCAUUUGCACUAAUGCAAGGAGACAACUACGAGGUGCAAAGGAGGGGUUCACAGAGGCCAGCCUGGGUCUGCUAGCCAAUCAGAGGAGGCGACAACUGCUGACAGGUCUGCUCAAGUCUCUGAGGACCAUCAAGACCCUGCAAAGAACAGACGUAAGACUGAGCGAGAUGCUUGAGGAGGAAGACUAUCCAGGUGCAAUCCAGCUCUGUCUGGAAUGUCAAAAGGCUGCCAGCACCUUCAAACACUACAGCUGCAUCAGUGAACUGAAUUCUAAACUACAAGACACUCUUGAGCAGAUAGAGGAACAGCUUGAUGUCGCCCUGUCAAAGACUUGUAAGCACUUUGAUAUUUUGCACUACACCAAGGUCCAGCGGGCCUACUCGCUCCUCGGCAAAACACAGACUGCUAUGGAUCAGCUGCACAUGCACUUCACCCAGGCCAUCCACAAUACGGUGUUCCAAGUUGUGCUGGGAUACGUUGAGCUGUGUGCUGGGAACGCCGACACCAAGUUUCAGAAGAUGCAGUAUAAAGACCUUUGCACGCAUAUCACCAUUGAAAGCUACAUUCCCUGCCUGACGGAUCUCUGCAAGGCAUUGUGGGAAGUGAUGCUGAGCUAUUACCGCACCAUGCAGUGGCACGAGGAGCAUGACAAACAGGACGCCGCACCCACUCCCGAUGACGCAGCAGCGGAGUCCGAUGAGUUGAGUGUGGACCGAAGCUAUGUGAAGAAAAAGCUCGAGCAUGGGCUCACACGGAUCUGGCAGGAUGUCCAGCUAAAAGUGAAGGCGUACAUUCUUGGUACAGACAUGUCUAACUUCAAAUACGAUGAUUUCAUUGUGGUACUGGAUGUCAUCAGCAGGUUGAUGCAGGUGGGUGAGGAGUUCUGUGGCAGCAAGUCAGAAGUCCUGCAGGAGUCCAUCAAACGCCAGAGUGUUAACUAUUUCAAAAACUAUCACAGGGCACGGCUGGAGGAGCUGAGGAUGUUUCUGGAAAAUGAGACGUGGGAGCUGUGUCCAGUCAAGUCUAACUUUAACAUUGCCCAGCUCCAUGAGUUCAAGUUCAUGGGCCAGUGUCACUCUCCGUCCAUUUCCCCGAGCAGACAGUCUGUGUCCUCGACCGUCCCACCCCAGGAGGAGUUGUCCCUGUUUCAGCUGUACCUUCAGGAUGGAAAUCCAUUUGAGAUGCACAUUGAUCACAAGGAGGAGGAGACCGAGGAUGUACUCGCAUCUAAUGGGUAUGAGUCGGAUGAGCUGGAGAAAAGCGUGUAUCAGGACUACGACAGUGACAGCGACGUCCCCGAUGAACUAAAGCAGGACUACGUAGACGAGCAGACGGGUGACACUCCUCUAAAGAGCGUGUCCAAAGAGACCAUAAGAAGCAAGAAGAAGUCCGACUACAACCUCAGUAAGGCCAGCGCCCCGAUUCUCACUAACACCACCCUCAACGUCAUCCGUCUUGUCGGAAAGUACAUGCAGAUGAUGAACAUCCUGAAGCCCAUUGCCUUUGAUGUCAUUCACUGCGUAUCCCAACUCUUUGACUAUUAUCUUUAUGCUGUCUACACAUUCUUUGGACGAAAUGACAUGCCUGUCCCAAGCCCAUCUUUGCCAAAUUAUGGUAGCAGAGAGGCAGCCACUACCAGGGUGGUGGGCCCUGCCUGCUUGUAUGAGUCAUCAGGUCUGGGCCUUAUCAGCAGCAGACUGAGAACCACACUGAACCGGAUCCAGGAGAGCCUCAUUGACAUGGAUCCUGUUGGGGAAAAUGCCGGAGUCCAUGGCCCGGCAGAAGACAGGAAGGAGAAGGUGCCCAGUCCUCAUCUGAGCCAGCUGGUGGUCCUCACCAGCAGUGGGACUCUGUACGGGCUGGCACAGAGGGUGGUGGCCACAGAGUCUCUUGUGUUUUUAGCUGAGCAGUUUGAGUCCCUGCAGUCCCACUUGGACACAAUGAUGCCUGCAGCUAAGAAGCCUUUCCUGCAACAGUUUUACUCACAGACGGUUUCUACGGCCAGUGAGCUGCGUAAACCYAUAUACUGGAUUGUUGCAGCCAAGGCCAUCGACUACGAACAGAUGCUGCUCCUGAUGGCCGGAGUUAAAUGGGACAUCAAGGAGAUAAUGUCGCAGCACAACGUAUAUGUGGACAUUCUGUUGAAGGAGUUUGAGCAGUUUAACAAGCGGCUGAGUGAUGUUUCCAGACACGUACGCAUUCCUCUGCCUGUGUCCAACGUCCUCUGGGAGCACUGCAUCCGCCUGGCCAACAGGACUCUCGUUGAGGGCUACGCUAACGUGAAGAAAUGUAGCAACGAGGGCCGCGCCUUGAUGCAGCUGGAUUUCCAGCAGUUCUUGAUGAAGCUGGAGAAACUGACGGACCUGCGGCCGAUCCCCGACAAGGAGUUUGUGGAAACCUACAUUAAGGCCUACUACCUGACUGAGAACGACAUGGAGCAGUUUAUCAAGAACCACAGGGAGUACUCCAUGAAGCAGCUAGCCAACUUGGUGAAUGUUUGUCUGGGCUCACAUAUCAACAAGAAGGCUCGUCAGAAACUUCUAGCGGCCAUUGAUGACAUCGARAGACCCAAGAGAUAGAUUUACAGAAUGUAACACGUUAAUAACGAACACAAAGACUGACGCCUCGAGAGACAACCUGGAGGCUGCGUGGAGGUGGAGCUCACCAUCGAAUGUCCUCGUUUUAAACUAGAAGUGAUUUGUCCUGCAGACUUUACCCUAUAUACAGUGGUAAAGCCACUAUUUAAAAAUAAAUAUAUAAAAAAGACUUGUUAGCCAGUUGUUGGUAAAGUGUUGAAAUUGUCUUUUUAUGGUCAAAAACUGCUGUUUGAACAUGGUAACUUUUUUCUUUCACAAUGAAGGACGCUGUAGUUUUAUCUAUACGCAGAAGAAUCCUGUAAAAAUGGCUAAAAUUUGAAGCUCUACAUAUCUGACACACCGCCCUUUUUUACAGUCCUAAAACACGAACAGAUGAAUUAAAAUGAGUCCCGCGAUGAUUGUUGAAAACAUUUUCUAUGAGGAAACGUCGUUCCGCUCCGUCUGAAUGUGCUCACUAAUGGAAAAAACUGUGGCUCGGCACGAUCGCUUACCUUAAUAUGAUUCAUUAUUCCAUCCCAUAAUGUACGCCUGCUGUGUAUUAUUUGGCUUCAGGGUGUUUGCGGUGCCUGACUGGAAUCUCUUCUUCCACAUUUUGUUUGUUGUGUUUUGUCCACAAAUAGGAUUAAUCUCAUCUAAAGCUGAUGAUUCUGAAAGUAAUAUAAAUUGCUGUAGUUGGCAUUAAUGUUGGAUUAUAUUUGCAGAAGCUGCGUUUGUUUGUCUGCCAUCUGUCAUAAGAGUGUUUCAUUUCUAAUCUAGYAGGGAGUUCUUGUCGAAGAGCUUCUGGCCUUUGUGCUGAGUCGUCACYUUCAGUUUAUUUUUAUUUGUUUUGUAGGUUUCUGAAGUUAUUGUCAAACUGCAACAGAGUUACAACUGAACCACAGAAUCUAAUGAACUCCUUUUUAAUGGUGAAAAAACAGUGGCUGUAGCUAAGUAACCCAUUCGUGUAAUGGUUAGUGUAUUUUCACAGUUUUUUUUUGUUUGUUUGUUUGUUUGAAAAAAAAAAGAAAAAAAUAUAUAUAUUUUUACUGAACCAAAUUGAAAACUUGGACAAUGAACAAUAUCUAAUUUUUGAUUUUGUGAACUAAACGAAAAUCAAUAAGUGCUCACUUUUGAUUUAUUAAUUUCUUAAGUCAAGUGGCCUGKCUCGUGGCCCAGCAUGCAGUAUUUACACACAGAAAACCUCACAUCCUAACAUUUGUUUUGUAUGUGGAUUAGAAACUGAGAAAAGCCUAAAAGAUCGGUGUCCAACCGUAGUGAUAUUUAAUUUGCCGAACCAGGAAGUGGGCUCUGAACCAUCUGAUAAGGUUUUCUGUGUGUAAAUAUGACCAAAUGAAUUCUGCACUGUUUUAGACGUGUUUAAACAAACGGCUCACUACACGACGGGCAGAGAGAACAUUCGGGUCAGGCCACUUGWCUCAAAAAUAUAAAAAAAUAAAAAGUGAGCACUCACCAUCUGCUUUAUUUUCAUUUCAUUCACAAAUAGAACAAUGGUUGGUGAUCCAAAUUUUCUUUUUGGGUCAGUAAACAAAGAAUGAAAUGGUUUCUUUGUUUCAAUCGAAAAAAACAAACUGAACAAACACUGACCCCCCAAUGUUGAGGAUUUCUGUAUAACUUCAUUUUCUAACCAACAGAAUGAACAAAAACUAACUUUCUCCCGUGGUUUUCUUCCAAAUUUUUUUCUAGUUGUCCGAACCAACAAAGGUUUCCCUGAUUGUCUAAAAUAAAAAUAAAUAAAGCUA